AUGAGGGCGUAUUGGUACGACAACCUCGAUGGCGACCAACGCCUGGCGCACGACUCAGGCAAGGAGGUUACCAUCGACGACUUGAAGAAGCUAGGAGUCUUCUACCACAAAAUCCCCGACCUUGAUGGUGUUAAUCAACUUGCGUCCGAACGUGGAUACAGGAACAGGGACGAGAUCAUCGUCUCACCGGAGAAGAUGGGUGACGUUUACGAGGAGAAAGUUAAGUCGUUCUUCCACGAGCACCUACACGAGGACGAGGAGAUUCGCUUUGUUCGCGAUGGCCAUGGCUACUUCGACGUAAGGAGCGUUGAUGACGCAUGGGUUCGCAUCCUCGUUGAAAAGGCAGGUUUUGGCGCAUCGGAGUAUGGCACAGGCGGGCUAACUAUGGAUAGGAUGACUUGA